AUGCCUUUUUCUGAGAAUAGGGACAUUGGGACGUACCGUCUGCGGCUGCGGCCCGAGCAGGGUCUGUUCGCGGAGGGUGCCGUGUUCGAGUCCAGCCGCGGGCCCGUCCACUUCGACGUCCGCAGGGUGCUAACCGGCACGCUCGAGGGUGACGAGAGUGCGGUGGUGAGGGGCGUCGCGACGGCGGACGGGCUGUUCGACGGCCACGUGUGGACGCCGGCGGACGGGGACGACGUGCUGUACAUCGAGCCCGCGUCGCGCUACCUGCAGCCGGCGGCGGCGGCGGCGGCGGCCGAGGCGUCGCAGACGUCGACGCCGCACCACUCGGUGGCGCACCGGGGCUCGGCCGUGCGCGGCGUGCGCACGCCGCAGCCCUGCGCCUCCCACCUGCUGCACCAGCGACGCCUGCAGGUGGGCCGCACACCGUUCAAAACAACUAGGGGCAUACGUAGAGGAGAGCGGGGAAAUACCGUGCACGAGGAGAACGACGUCGGCAGCGGGAGCGCUACACAGCGCGGCCCUGGCUCCUCCACGGGGACUUCCGGACCGCACCCCCAGCCUGCCAGAGUUCCACCCCCAGCGGCGGCCUACGACGCGGGAAGCAAGGCUGGCGAACGCCUCUCUCCGUCCACCCUACAGGAGGCGAACGCCACCGGCGCCGAUUCCGCAGCCGGGUCCGGCCACCACCCCCGCCGCCGCCGCCGGCGCUGGCUGCCCGACCUGGAGCUGGACCUGACGCCGACCGUGCCGGAGGACCGCGACUCGCGGCCCGCCCGCCGGAGGAUCGUGACGUCGGCCUCGGCGGCCGCCUCCACCGCCGUCGACCCCCGCAAGACCACCUGCAUGCUCUACCUGCAGGCCGACCACCUCUUCUUCCAGAAGUACGGCACCGAGGAGGCCUGCAUAGAGGUCAUGACGCGCCACGUCCAGAGGGUCAACGACAUCUACCGCAUCACCGAUUUUGACCAGGAUGGAAAACCAGAUAACAUUAGCUUUAUGAUCAAGAGAAUAAAGGUGCAUACUUUAGAUGCCUUAAAGGAUCCAACCUAUCGGUUCCCGUUAAAUUACGGAGUUGAGAAGUUCCUGGAGCUUUUUUCUGAGGAGGACUACGAUGCCUUCUGCCUGGCCUACAUGUUCACCUACCGAGACUUUGAGAUGGGCACCUUGGGCCUAGCAUGGACAGGUGACCUCAAGAAUGCUGGAGGAGUCUGCGAGAAAAAUGGACACUAUCGAGGAAGCAUGAAGAGUCUCAACACGGGGAUAGUGACACUGCUCAACUAUGGCAAACACGUACCACCAGCUGUUUCGCACGUCACCCUCGCUCACGAGAUUGGACACAACUUUGGUUCUCCGCACGAUCCAGACUCGUGUACUCCCGGAGGCGAGGAUGGCAACUACAUAAUGUUCGCGAGAGCGACUUCGGGUGACAAGAAGAACAACAACAAGUUCUCGCCCUGCAGCAUCAGCAGCAUCAACCCUGUGCUCAACACCAAGGCCCGCAGCCCCAAGGGCUGCUUCACAGAGCCGCAGAAGUCGCUGUGUGGCAACGGCGUGGUGGAGCCGGGCGAACAGUGCGACUGCGGCUGGGGCGAGGACUGCCGUGACCCGUGCUGCUACCCACAGACGAGCGUACCGCGCGAGGAUGCGCCGCCCUGCAGGCUCACCCCGCGCAGCGCCUGCAGCCCCUCGCAGGGUCCGUGCUGCACGACCGACUGCCAGAUCAAGUUCGGAGACAAGUGCCGAGACGACAACGGCUGCCGGGACGCGAGCUUCUGCAGCGGUCGCAAUGCGAUGUGCCCACCAUCCCUCAACAAACCCAACAAGACUGUCUGCAACGAGGAAUUUGUGUGCUUCAUGGGGGAAUGCACGGGCUCCAUAUGCCUCGCCUACGGACUGGAGUCGUGCCAGUGCACACCUGGGCCCAACGACAAGAAGACGAAGGCUUGUGAGUUGUGCUGCAAGCAGCCGGGUGAGAACCAGCCCUGUCUGUCGUCAUUUGAAUGGAACCAGUAUCCGUACGAUGUACCUGACAUGUAUGCAAAACCGGGAACACCGUGCAACGAUUACAACGGUUACUGUGACGUCUUCCAGAAAUGUCGCGAGGUCGACCCGUCAGGACCUCUAGCGACACUUCGCAAACUGCUCCUUUCGGACGAGAGCAUUGCCUCGUUCAAGAAAUGGGUCAUGCAGUACUGGUAUGCUGUGCUCUUCAUUGCAGUUGGAGUCAUUCUCCUCAUGGUACUGACCGCGAAGCUGCUCGGGAAGCGGCCGGGCGCGAAGAAGCUGAAGCAGGUGACGAUCGUCCACAGCUCGACGACGGAGACAGUGCGGCUGCCGGCGGAGGGCGGAGACGGGGCUCUGGCCACGGUGCAGCACCCCACCGUCGUCCGGCCUAAGCUGCCGCUCAAACGGCGGGUGCGCGAGGGCGCCGCCAGUGCCACAGGGGCAGUAACAAGAAUACAUAGGAAAAAAACGACACACCACGCACUCAAGAGCAAGCGACGGAGGAAGAAAGUAGCCGCUUCAGAUGAGCAGAAAGUAGACAAGAAACUGGGAGCUGUAGAAAAAAGGGCAGACAAAAACUUGGGAGCAGAGGGGAAGAGACCACCCAUCCCAAAGAGGAAGACUGCGCCAGGGCAGGAGAAAAAGAAUGUAACGGCGAAGAAACCCACGGCAGCUGACGACGGCGGGUACGCUCCGCUCGAAAAUGUAGCGAAGGUGGAGGAGGUGACGGCGGCAGAAAUCCCCCCCGUACAGAAGACGACAGACUGCCAACGACGACAGUGUGCAGCAGUAGCGACAGAAAAAUGUCCAGGAACCGUUACGGACAAUUCGCAGGUAGGAGGAGGUGUUUCCGGCUCCGUUCCACCGGUGGCGGGAGUGACCGACAGCAGGUCGCAUCCAGUAGCCACCGAGAAGCCUUCACCGGAGAAGCGCCCGAAGCUAGAGAAACAGAUGUCCGAAGUGACUGACAGGUCUGCAGUGCUGAGCAGGGAUAAGAGGCGCUCCCUGCAAUAUGUUCCUAGGAGUAAGAAGAGCCAGACAUGUCACCAGCUGUCGGCAGAGGCCACCUCGGCUGCAGAAUGUCAGGAGGGCAAAGAUUCCAAACGACAGUCUCUGGAGCACCCGCCACCGACGGCCGCAACUCGACCGCCAGCGGGAGACGACCUACUGCCGCAGGUGGGUGUGCCUGGAAAACUGCAGGCGGCAGAAAAGCAAAGUGCGAGGGAUCCCGAGAGGCAGGCUCCGGACAGAACGAGUUCAGCGGCGGCGGUGGGCGUCCCGUCCGGUCCGAGUGCCGGCGGAAAGAGACACACGCUGGGCCGACCACUCAGCGUCGACAGCGACAGGAAGGAACUGCGGGCGUCGGCAGUGUCCGCACCCCAGAAGACGCCGGAGCUCGCGACGUUCACCAGGCGGAAUACACUCGGUAACAUCCCGACAGCCGCGGCCGAGAAAUCGUCGCUGCCUGUCGUGGAGAAGAGGCCGGCUGUGGAGAACCCUCCAGUGGUGGCCAUCAUCCCGGACAGGCAGAGAGCCGCAGGAGACAGAAAGCGACCCCCAUCACCCUCUGACAGACGGAGAGGCCUGGACACUAAGAGGGGCAGUGCGGAGAGGAAGGGCGCCCACAGGACGCGGCACAAGGCAGAGGUCAUCGACUACAGUGCCGACGCUACCCCGCCGACUGCCGCUCCUGCAGCCGCCACCGUACCGGAGAGUGAUCCGGUGAGCAAAGUCCAGAACUGGCUGAUGUCGACAGAGCAGCCGGUACCGCGGUCACGCUCCACACCUGCCGGCCUGACAGAAAAGGCAGCUGGUGUCGGCAGGUCGGGCAGUGGGGGUGACCUGAAACCUGCCGGCGGCAGGAAGGCACAGCUGCAGUUGCUGUAUGGUGGACCUUUCAAGUUCAAGCUCAAGUUCAAAAAGCCUGCUGCCGCGUCGACAUCUGCUCCAGCGGCGAGAGCUGGAGUCGGGCGGUCGGCGGUGCCAGGUAGGCGUGGGAAGGCUGGCCGGGCGCGGCCCCCGGCUGUCUCCCCCGAACUGGCACUCGCCGCCGAGGACGUCGACUCCAACCUGCACACUGUACCGUCCGACCUCGAAGUCCUGCUUUCCGAGAGCGAGUUCCUCUUCUCCGAAGAUGGGGACGGGGCGUGACGACUGCCCGUGACACGCGCCCACCACUGUUGGACGGUGCCGGGAGUGUGCACCUCCUGUUCUAAAUAUAUGUUGCUGUACGUCUGAGAGAUGGGCCGGGAUUAUUAUCUUGUCAGCUGCUAAAGAUGUGCUUCGGACAUGUCCAGGAAGCUAAUAAAUAAUUGUGAUCGAUACCGUGUUUAGUAGUUCGGGGAAAUUUUCAGUUCUAUACAGAGUAGUGCGUGCCGAGCAGUUCACGAGGAAGUUAUGUACAUAGAUUGCUUCCCUUUAAAAUAAAAAUUGGUUUUUAUUUCUAUUUUUGGAAGGUAUUUCAUACAUUGCUAUGAGGGAUGAAAGGAUAACACUGAAUGGCUUGGAAAGUUUACCAAUUGCCAGUGUUCGAACAUGGGUCUCAUUUCUGGUCAGAUUCACUGCUAAUGAUGAGUACUGUGGAGUCUUCCUCAAAUCCAGUUUCUUGUCCAAGAUUGUUUCACGAACCUGUUCUAAUUGUUUGUACGGAAAAGCCAAAACUAUUCUCUCAUUCCGCAAACAGUGCCAGAUUUCUUACUAGGUGUGUCUAGUAGACACGGAAAGUAAUGUGAAUUGGCCACAAGACAAUUCUCUAGCUGGCCGUAACUGUCAGUUGUUCGAGCUGCCCAAUGCUCGAUUCCUGAAGAAAGUGAUCUGGUGUUUGUGUUCUCAGCUCAGUUUAUAAACUCUACAGCCUUGUUUGUCAAUCACACCAAAGCUUCUAUCAGCAGCUGCCCUAUUGUAUGUAUGUUCUUGACUGCGCAAGUUCACGUUGCAAAGAAGCCUUUCCAUUUCCAAACUUUUGUAUGACAAUACAUUGUUUACCUACAUACAUUUCCACUGAAUGAAAUCACUCGUUUUCCUUCCUAAUGAAUUGGUGUGUGUGUGUGUGUGUGUGUGGAGGGGGGGGGGCGUUUGUUUGUUUGUUUUGAACCAAUAAUAACACAAAGGCUACCAUUUUAUCAUUCACUUCGUAUGAGGAAAGCCAUGACUAUCAAAUGUUGCAUCUUUUUAAUUGGGAUCUCAGUAAUUUGGAUUACAAAUUCUAAUAAUUAUUCAACGGACAUUUCAGGCCGGAAAAACCACUGAUAUGAACAGCUUCACAUGCAGUUAGUCAGACACGAUUUUCAACCCCUGACUGUUUGCACAAGUUACACAUAUUGAGGAUGCCAUCUCUCACAAAAUGGAGGCUGAAGAAAGAAUUCCACUAUUCAGCCAUGUGCACUGCCAUAAAAAAGUGAAAAUGCGCAAAUGGUGCAUGUUGUUUACUCUACCCCAGUUUAUGGAAACUACGCAUUUUAUUAACUUCACAAUUAGUGUGCCACUUCUGAGAAACUAUUAGAGCAGAUCGAAUCAAGCAGAAACAGUGAAUACCAGGUUUAUCUUCAUUGUAGAGAUGCAACCGUACUCUGCAGACCACUGUGAAAUGCAUGGCAGAGGGUAAUUUUUGGAGUGCCUCCUUAUUUAGUUUCUUCCCGCUCCAUUUGUCUGUGGGGCACCAGUAUAAUGGUUGUGUAAAUGUCUAUGUGGACGUCUGUUGUAGCCUCAGGGAAAUUUAAUACCACUUAUUUUUUAAUCUGUUUCUCUUGGCUUCUAACAUGCAACUGGCUCAGAGAGUUUCACAAACCCACAAGCAAGUUCUCUCUCUCUCUCUCUCUCUCUCUCUCUGUGUCUGAUGUACCAUGUGUUUCUCCAAUGGGUUGUCCGGUGCAUUUUCUGUGGUGUUUUGGCAGAUAUUUGCAAUUUCAUUUCUGCAGCACGUAGCUGGAGUCAGCCCAAACAAAUCCUGCUCAUCAUGUCUUUCAUACAACACCCAGCAUCGACAGAAGAUGUCAGCUUGUUUCCCAAUACAAACAAAAUUAUUAAUUCGGAAUUUUACGUGCCUAUUCGAUAGAGUGGCCCAAAUUGGUCUAGUGUGUUAUUUCUUUUAUUGAUAGGUAUUAAUAAGAACAGUAGAACACAAAGAAUAACCAGUACUCCAGUAGCGACUGAGGACCGCUGCUGCACAGCAGUAGCGGUCACCGCAGGCCAGGAUGGAGUACUGAUUAUUCUUCUGUUUUAUGUCCCUAUUAAUACAUGACAAUAAAACAAAUGUUGCACUAGAUAAACUCGGGACCAUUCUGUAGAAUGAGAUCAUAAAAUUACACUUAAAAAAUAAUUUUUUUUUCGUAACAGGAAACAACUUCCAUUGAUGUUCGGCAUCGCAUGAAAGAUGUAAUGAGCAGUAUUUGUUUGGGCUGAUUGCAGCUACAUGUUGCAGAAACAAAACUGCAAUUGUCUGCUGAAACAUCAGAGAAAAUGCGCCUGAUCCAUUGUCACUCCCCAUAGGCUCUGCAGGAAAGCAGGUGGAUGUGCAGGACAGAAGCAGACAGAAAUUUAGCGAGAUCACUACUGGAUUCCACUUCACAUUGCUCCCUGGCUGGUAUUUCAUUUCACAUCUACCUUCCUUGUCUCAUGCCUCACUACCUCCCUCCACUGCUGAUGGAGCUGAGCUUGUCUUCAUAUUGCUGUUUUCAUCCUCCACAGCUGCUUAAAGUGUAUAGAUGACAGGGCUGUGUGAAAUACAGGAUGUUAAAAAAAAAGUAUGCCAUAUUUUGAGUGGACAAAAACAAAAAAGUUUAGUAAACAUGUAGUCUUAAAUGCGUACCUUAAGAGCUAAAAGAACUUGUUCUUCUUUGCGGCUGUGAUAUGAAUCUCUUCUACUGAAAGCUUUGUUUUUCAUUACGAAUGAUCUACACAAUGCAGUAAACAAAUGAGUAACAGCAGAGCUUCUAAUGUAACCUGCUUCCUAUUACAUAUGACGUGCACCAGUGAACCAUAGCAGAAUAUCAUGUCUGCCGUUUUCCACGUGUGAUAAUAGGCUUCCAUUAUGCUGGUAUGUUCAAAAAUAAAAUUACCGUAUAAAACCAUUUCACAAACUGCUCACAUUAAAACUAAUGUACGUGCUGCACUCACCCAGAACUGUGAAUAGUUUACAGUAACAACAUUAACAGAUGUUUACUGCAUGCUGUAUCUAUGGACAAUAACAGAGAAAUGUGUUCUCAUUCAUCUACAGAAUGGUGUAGGUCCUUUGUAAUAGCGAAGAGCUUGGAGCAGAGGAGAUACAUUUCAUAGUAGUGAAGAUGAACAACUGUUCAUAGCUCUGAAGGUAUGCAUUUUAGAGCUCAUACUUGCAAUACAUUUUAGUCUUGUUUUUGUCCAUACUACUACCACCACUCAAGAUAUGGAAUCCUUUUACUUUAACACACUGUCUAUAAGGCUGUACACAUUUUCACAGAAAUUCCCUUUAUUGAGAAUACUUCUACCUUUUUGACUGACGUGCAGGUUUUUUUCCUUUUUUUUCCAGGAUUCAUCUUAUUUUAAAAGUUACAUUCUUUUUCUCAAAACUGAGGAAGUUUCAGUGAGAACUGAUUUGUCUACUAGUGGCUUAACACAACUUUCUCAUACCUUCCAAUGUGCCAAAAAUGGGAGAAUAUCUUUCCCUGCAAAAAAAAAAACUGAAUUUGCUGUCUUUGUAAAGAACUAAAUAAUGGAGUAAAACUUUUGUACAGAUAAGCUUUACAAAAUAGCGAUAACUGUUUCCUGAAUGUUAACUACCAAGUCGAGUGUAUAUAAUAUUAAUGUAUGAACUGUUCCCCAAAACGUAGCAUUUCAUUUAUACACAGUAUGCACUGUGUGUCUGUGAUAUACUGGCAUUAUUGUUAGCUUGACUUCUUACGGAACAUAGCUGUUUGUUAUGUGUUUCGGUAACUUGUUUCGAAAGUGCUUUUGUUUGCUUCAAUUGGUGCUCUUGCUGGGUUAUGGUGUCUGUGACUGUGUUAUAUGUGGUCUUCCAUAACUGGACACUUACGUGUAUUUAAUAAGUACUGUAAAUGUUUCACAGAAGGUAUCUAUUUACGACUGGAAAUUGUGAUGCUAAUUCCUUGCAUAUAGAUGAAUGUAACUUCUGUAUCAACAAAAAUGUUAAAGUAUAUUCUUUAUAUAUGAAAAUACUAAACUUAUAUUAAAUCUGUUUCCUGUAGUUUAAUUUUUAUUUAAGUUUAAUAUUUAUUAACUAGGUGACAGGUGGUUAAUGUCUUUGUUGUGAUACUUCAUCUACCAAACUUAAGUGAUCCUCUAAUUGCUCAGAAGCAGUCAUUACAUUAAUCCAAGAAACUUUUCCUUUCAUAUUUUUUGAAUUCAAGCAGAGGUUUCAGUUACUUUGAAGAAAAUUGUGAAAUUUCAAGUGUAAAGAAACCAUUAAGAGUUGGCAGUGAAAUAUGUUAUUGCUAAAUUGUAGCUGAUUAGCUCAUUGUUCUUUGUCUUGUAUGUUUCCGGCCUUUGUUUUCACAUUGUCUGUGGAAAGUGUUUCUGGACUGAUUGAUAAAGAGUUAAUUUAACAACAUUCCAUAAUAUAGUAUUAUUAUUAUUAUUAUUUUAAUAUAUUGCGAAGUAAGAGUCUGCAAUGAAGAUGGCGUUUUAUUUGCAUUUAAUGCUCAUUUUGAAAAAUAUUUAUUUUAAUCAUCUAUUAGAAAAAGUGUUUUAGCAACUUAUUACAAAGCUAUUGUUUCUAUAUGACAAAAAGAUCAGAUUUUUAGCUUGUGCUACUGUUUACAGUAUUUCACUAUUGCUACAGGCUUUACUGACAAUUGUGUUUGCUAUGCUCUUCCACAUUACACAUUGUAUGGCAAAUAACAAAGCAGCAAUGCUUCCUUCAUAACCACUGCACAUUACAAUAAAAACGUUAACCCUUAAUGAAGUUCAUCUUGCUUGCUAUACUGAACUGUUCAACAAAAAGGAAGCCAAACAGUUGCAAAUAAGUGAGACAGAAAUAUGAACGCUCUAUAGCACCUUUCAGUGCAUUUCUUGUAUACAUACUCUGUAACAAAAAUGUAUAAGUUGUUAAAGACUGCCAAUGAAGAACAAAAGUUUUUUUUUCUUUUUUUUCUGUCUAGUUCCACAAUGCUGCAGCAUUUCUAUGUGUGUGAUUACUUCCUAGAGUGAGUGCUGGAAUAAUGCUUAAGAAAAAGUGUCAAAACAAAGCUGUAGUAGUGGAUCAUUUUUAUGCAAUACCUGGCACACGGAGAGUGUAGAAGACGGAGAGACACUCGCAACUACAAUCCUGCCAAAGCUGUAUGAGCCUUCUUUGUAUUUAUUGUGAGGAGUCGCCAGCUGUCCCUUUGAUGGCAUUUUUUCUACCUUAUUUUGCUAGCAACGGAAAAAAUUCUAAUGUUUGCCUUCUCUCUUCUAUUUUGUGGUCACAGAACUGUCUUGAAAAGAGAGAAAAAAUCCAAUUUGUAAUUUUUGUUGAACAGAUAUUGUUGUACUUGGAAAAAUGUGCUUUUUUGAUUGCAUUGCAAUAAAUAUGUACAAUAUUUUCAAAGUU